CUGUUAUUGAAUGAUCUAUUUUUCAAAGUGAUCUAAGCGAUGUGAGGAAAUUGUCUUCUGUCGAUAAAAAUACUCAUUCAGUCAUUGUAUUCUUUACAAAAUCUCUGAAUUAUGUCAACAGUUGAAGAUUCUGAUGGAGCUAACACUGCCUCUGGUGAAAAGGAUGCUGAAUCUUCUAAGGUGCAUAAAGUUCACAAGAUGAGAGCCAAGCAAGACCACGGAGGUGAGAUUGACCCCGUGUACAAGAAACUAUCAGCCAUCAAUGGAGAGAUCAAUCGGAUGUCCUCCAAGGAACUAAGGGACAAGCUUGCUGAACUAAAGCUUGAUGUCAGAGGUUCCAAGGACAUUUUGCAGAAACGGCUGAAGAUGCAUUAUAAGCAAAGAAAGCUCAUGAAAGCAAAAGUAAAACCACCAGGAAACUCAACAUACGAUUAUUUGAUUAUCAUUGACUUUGAAGCAACAUGCCAGGAGAAUAAUUUGAAUUACAAUCACGAGAUCAUCGAGUUUCCAGCCGUCUUGGUUGACUGUCACACAAGAGAAAUAGUAGACGAGUUUCAUGAGUUCUGCAAACCUAUCAUCAACCCGAGGCUGACAGAGUUCUGUUGCGGUUUGACUGGAAUAACUCAGGAUGUGGUAGAUAAAGCAGAUGAAUUUCCAGCAGUGCUGGAAAGAAUGGAGUCUUGGAUGUCCAGUCAUUAUCUGGGGGUGGAUCAUACAUUUGCAGUGGUCACAGAUGGACCAUGGGAUAUGAGCCGUUUCCUUCAAAUGCAGUGCAAUUUUAGUAAAAUUCAUUUUCCUCACUGGGGAAAGAAAUGGAUCAACAUUCGUAAAGCAUAUUCAAGUUACUAUUCAUGUAAGCGUAUGAACUUGGAGGAGAUGCUUAUAAAUCUAGGACUGAAAUUCCAAGGAACGCAACAUUGUGGACUUCAUGAUUCACGAAACAUAGCAAGAAUUGCCAUACAGCUCUUAAAUGAUGGUUGUGAUUUAGUCAAAAACGAAUUUCUCCAUGUAGCCCCUCCAUCUCCUGGUACAAAGUCACUGGGACACUUGUCAAACAUUUCGUCGGGGGACACAUCAGACCAUCAGAACAGAACAAAGGAGGAAAUAGUAAAGAAACUGGAGGAUAUGAAAUUAGAGUCCAAGAACUUUGUGGAGGAGAAUCAAGAUUUGUUGGAAUAUCACAGAUUGCAGUCAACCUGAAAUGCCAUUUAGUGUCUGUAGUUGUUAAAUAUAAUCACUUUUCAGCAAUUCAAGUUGAUUGGUGCGAUCCUGUUCCUGAAAAAUUUUAAAUUUGUACUAUCCAUCAAAUUUUAAACAGGAUCAAUGUUAUUUAAAGAUAAUUUUUUGUUGCAAUUAUCAUUUGAUUGACAUAUUCUUUAAUGAUAUACAUGUAUUGUCUUUACCUUUAUCAUGUAUGUUAUCAAAAUAUUUGCCUUUGAAUUCUGCUUUGUUUUGAUUGUAUAAUUGAUCUUGAAAAUAAAGUCCUUGAUGAUAAAUG